AUGCCUCACGCUUACCCUUUCCUCACUCCUGAGCAGAAGAAGGAGCUCAGUGAUAUUGCUCUGAAGAUUGUUGCAGCUGGCAAGGGAAUCCUUGCUGCUGAUGAGUCCACUGGUAGUGUGGCCAAGCGCUUUCAGAGCAUCAAUGCUGAGAACACUGAGGAGAACAGGAGGCUGUAUCGCCAGCUCCUCUUCACUGCUGACGACCGCGCCACACCUUGUAUUGGAGGCGUCAUCCUCUUCCAUGAGACCAUGUACCAGAAGACCGAUGAUGGAAAACCCUUCCCACAGUACCUCAAAGAAAGAGGCAUGGUGGUGGGCAUCAAGGUUGAUAAAGGUGUUGUUCCCCUGGCCGGAACCAACGGCGAGACAACCACCCAGGGUCUUGAUGGACUUUAUGAGCGCUGUGCCCAAUACAAGAAGGAUGGUGCUGACUUCGCCAAAUGGCGUUGUGUUCUGAAGAUCACUCCCACUACUCCCUCACGGUUGGCCAUUGUUGAGAACGCCAAUGUCCUGGCUCGCUAUGCCAGCAUCUGCCAGAUGCAUGGCAUCGUCCCUAUUGUGGAGCCCGAGAUUCUCCCUGAUGGUGACCAUGACCUGAAGCGCUGCCAGUACGUCACUGAGAAGGUUCUGGCUGCCGUCUACAAGGCCCUGUCUGACCACCAUGUGUAUCUGGAGGGCACUCUGCUCAAACCCAACAUGGUUACUGCUGGACACUCCUGCUCACACAAAUACAGCAACCAGGAGAUUGCCAUGGCAACUGUUACUGCCCUGCGCCGCACCGUGCCUCCUGCAGUCCCUGGAAUUACCUUCCUGUCCGGUGGUCAGAGUGAGGAGGAGGCCACAAUCAACCUGAAUGCCAUGAACCAGUGUCCUCUUCACAGGCCCUGGGCUCUGACCUUCUCAUAUGGUCGUGCCCUGCAGGCCUCUGCCCUGAAAGCCUGGGGUGGUAAGAAGGAGAACGGAAAGGCAUGCCAGGAAGAGUUCAUCAAGAGAGCUCUGGCCAACAGUCAGGCCUGCGUGGGUAAAUAUGUUGUUUCUGGAGCCAGCGCUGCUGGCGGAGAAUCACUGUUCGUGGCAAACCAUGCUUAUUAA